AUGGACUUAGUGUCCUCUAAGAAGCCCGACUUUCUGUUUCUCAUGGAAACUAAGGUUGCCCGGGUUCAUGCUGAACGCUUAAGGGUAAAGCUUGGUUUCGAUGGCCUUUUCUAUGUUGACAGUGUUGGUUUAAGUGGCGGUUUGGCGUUAUUCUGGAGGAGAAAUUGCACGGCUAGGUUGCUUUGUUACUCAAGAUGCCAUAUUGAUGUGGAAGUGAGCGUUGAUAGUUCUGCUUGUUGGAGGAUGACGUGUUUUUAUGGCUACCCUGAGCGUAGUAGAAGGGCAGCUUCGUGGGACUUUCUCCGGUCCUUAGCAGGCUCCUCGGACUUGCCCUGGGUCAUUCUCGGGGAUUUCAAUGAUCUUUUAUUCCAACACGAGAAGAGAGGUGGUAACCCACAUCCGGAUGCUCUCCUUCGCGGUUUUGGGGAGGCUUUGGAUGAUUGUGGGUUGACUCAACUCCCUCUGCGGGGUUAUCAGUUUACCUGGGAGAGAGGCAAGGGUACUACUGAUUGGUUGGAGGAGAGACUGGAUAAGGUUUUAGCUGAUGAUAGGUGGAGAUGCCUGCAGGAGGGAGCUAUUGUGGAGAAUAUUUUGACCCGCUCUUCUGAUCAUUCCGCUUUGUUUCUGAGACUAUCUGACAAUGCGGUGAGGCAGGGGGGCUUGCGAAGGGCUUUCAAGUUUGAGAUGGCUUGGCUGCUUGACGAGGGGUGCAGAGGUGUGGUGGAGCAUGCUUGGCAGUUAAGGCUAAGGGGUCGUCGUGAUCCGGAAUCCCUAGCUGAGUUUCAGCGUUUGGAAAACCAGUUGACACGCCUAGAAGCCCAGGAGGACACCUUUUGGAGGCAGCGGGCCAAGCAACACUGGUUGAAGGGAGCUGAUGCGAAUACACGAUUCUAUCACAGGUAUGCUUCUGCUCGUAAAAAGAAAAACUCUCUGUCUAGAUUAAAAAAUGAUGCGGGUGUGUGGGUUGAGGGAGAGGCUUUGGAGCCUGUUGUGUUGAGUUAUUUCAAUCAUAUUUUCCACUCUACGGGAUCAGCUCUGGAGGAGCCGUUUUUCAGUAAUAUUGCUCCCCGGGUUUCUCAGGCUGAUAAUGAUACUUUACUACGCCCUUUUGAGAUCUCUGAGGUGAAAGAGACCCUGUUUUCAAUGUUCCCAGAUAAGGCCCCGGGGCCUGAUGGGAUGAACCCGGGGUUUUACCAACAUUAUUGGGAUGUGGUGGGUGGAGAUGUGACUGAGUUUGUGAUAAAUUGCUUGCAAUCAUGUUCAUUCCCAGAGGGUCUUAAUGCAACGAAUGUUGUCCUUAUACCAAAGAAAAAAGUGCCUGAGAGUGUGGCUGAUUUGCGACCUAUUGCUUUAUGCAAUGUGGUGUAUAAGAUAAUGGCAAAAGUCUUGGCAAACAGGUUGAAGCCUUUGUUAGACAAUCUCAUAUCUGAAUCCCAGAGUGCUUUCAUCCCAAAUAGGCUCAUUACUGAUAACAUCCUGAUCGCUGCAGAGAUAGGGCAUUAUCUUAAUAGAAAACAAGGUGGUUUAGCUGGUUGGGGAGCUCUAAAGUUGGAUAUGGCAAAAGCUUAUGAUCGAAUGGAGUGGCACUAUUUACGCAGAAUGAUGGAGGCUUUGGGGUUUGCUCCCAGCUUUGUGAUUAAUGGGGUCCCAACUGGUAAUAUUAUUCCAUCUCAUGGGUUGCGUCAGGGAGACCCUCUCUCCCCAUAUUUGUUUAUUAUUUGUGCAGAAGGACUCUCUUUACUGCUACAAAAGGCUCAGGUGGAGGGCUCUAUCAAGGGCUGUAGAGUGGCUAGGGGAGCUCCGCCGGUUUCUCAUUUGUUCUUUGCAGAUGACAGCCUCCUAUUUUUUCGAGCCAAUGCCCAAGAAGCAGGAGCGGUAAAGCACUGCCUGGACUUGUACGAAAGUAUGUCUGGUCAGGCAGUCAACUAUCACAAAUCUAGUGUCUGCUUUAGCAGGAAUACACAAGAGAUGCAUAGAGUUGAGGUGGCAGCAGUAUUAGGGAUUACUCAGGCCCCAAAUUUUGGCAAAUACUUGGGUUUACCCGCUUUUGUGGGGAGAAACCGGAGGGCAGCUCUCUCAUAUAUUGAAGACAAGAUUAAACAGCGAAUAGGUUCAUGGAAUAAGAAGCUUCUCUCGCAAGCAGGGAAGGAGAUUCUGUUGAAAAGUGUAGCUCAAGCAAUGCCGACUUUCUCAAUGAGUGUCUUUUUGCUCCCCGAGUCGGUAUGCCUAUCAAUUGAGAGAACUAUGAAUCGUUUUUGGUGGGGCUCAGGGACUGAGAGAAGAAUUCAUUGGAAAGCAUGGGAUCGUUUGUGUAUACCCAAGAAGUUUGGAGGUUUAGGUUUUAAGGACCUACGUGUUUUCAACUUAGCUAUGCUAGGGAAACAGGCAUGGCGUUUUCUCACUAUGCCAAAUUCAUUGGUUGCUAGGAUCUAUAAAGCAAGAUAUUACCCCAAGACCUCCUUUAUUGAUGCUGCUGUAGGUAAUUGCCCAAGCUUCUGCUGGCGCAGCAUCAUGGCUGCUCAUAACUUAAUUUGCAGUGGUGCUAGGCGCAGAAUUGGGGAUGGCAAAUCAACUUUAAUUUGGGGUCAUUCUUGGCUGCCUGACGACCCAUCCCCAAUGGUUCACACUACUAUGCCAGCAAAUCUCAAUGGAACAUAUGUGUCUGGUUUAAUUGAUGAAGAGAGUGGCACUUGGGACAUCUCUAUUUUAAAUGAUAUAUUCACCCCGGAGGAUGUUUUGCGUAUUAGCAGGGUACCGGUAUCUUCAGGAUAUGAGGAUAUUUGGUUCUGGCAUGGCGACCCAAAGGGAUGUUACACUGUGAAAAGUGGUUAUAAAUUAGUCAUGGGUGAAUUCAGUAAUAUGGAGGGUGACUUUGAUGAUUGGACUGCCCUAUGGAAAUUAAAAGUGCCCCCCAAAUGGAAGACCUUCCUGUGGAGAGCUCUUAGUGAUACUCUUCCUGUCACUACUAGUUUACUUAUAAGGAGGGUAGAUGUAGACCCAGCAUGUCCAAAGUGUGCUAGUGGAGGCUCGUUUAGUGUGUGGCUCUCAUCUUUGUUUAUGAACUUUUCUGAAGGAGAUAUUCGCCUGGCGGUAGCAGCACUCUACUACACUUGGCGUGCUCGCAACUCAGCCGUAUGGGAUGGCCUUCUUCCAUUGCCGAGAAGGGUCACACAAUCAGCAAAGGUUGCACUUCAGGCUUGGACGGCGGUACAUCACAACCAUGCAGCAACUGCCGUCCAUACGAGCGCACAUGCAGAUCCAGAACAGCACCAGAUCACGACACCAAAAUGCUUUUUCGACGCAAGUUUCAUGCCGAAUACGCUGAGGUCGUCGUUCGGUGCAGUCCUACUCUCACCAAAUGGGGUAUUCAUGGCGGCCUGCGCAGGACCUCUACCGGACUGCCUAUCACCAUUAAUGGCAGAAGUAGAAGCCUGCAAAAUGGCUCUUACGUGGCUAAGCGAGAAAGGCUUGGAAUCGGUGGCGUUGCUUACGGAUUGCUCACAGUUACGCUCUCAGCUCUCACAGGACUGCCCUAAUCGUUCAUAUACGGGCCUUACCAUACAAACGUGCAAGGCUUUGAGAGCCUCUUUUCAUAGCUGUGUGGUUACUUUAGUUCCUAGAUUGAAUAAUGUUAUUGCUCAUACUCUAGCCAAAUCGGUUGUUUCGCAGACUAGCAUUCUGUACUGGGACUCUGUCCCACCAAACUCUAUUUUUGCUCUUCUACAUUAA